AUGUCUGAUAACCAACACGUUGUCAAGAACAUUGAAGACAACGUUCUGAAGGCGUACCAAGAUCUACUACCCGACAAAGGGGACGAACCUCUCGUGCACUACUGGGGUAAGAAUCUGAAAAGCGGUAAAAGCGUUUUUCAUACGAGACGGUACCGUAUACAGUGGGAACAUCGCCAUGGCGCGCAUAUAGCUUGCUCACACACCGCAGUGCCCAGAGAAGACAAUCCUCACCAUUUCGUAUGGAAGCAAACACUGGAGAAAGACGAAGAGAUACCGGACUCGUGGGACGUACGCGAUGAAUCAUUCUUCUAUGGCGAAACGACACUGGUGGACGACGACAUGGAAGAUAGCGAGGUAUGUGCCGUGGAGACGGAUGCGGAAGAGGUAACCAGCGCGGUGACGUUGGUUAAGGGGAAGAUGUUCGGGCCAGGAAGUAUGAAUCCUGGCCGGCUGCGGGAUUUAGGAGUAUCAGCCGGACCGUCAGCGAGCAAUGUGCGUGCCGGAUCGAGCGGCGUACAAAAGAAAGGAAAGAAGAACAAUGGAGAGACGCAGGAACCAUCGCGAAAGCCCACGAGAAAGAGAAAGAGAAACGACAAGGACGAAACAGGAGGCACAAAAGGCAAAGUUAGGCGAGAACACGGCCGCAAAGAUCAUUCAAAUGAUGAAUGA